AAGUUUGAUAAUUUAAUGAAGUACUUAGUGAAAUGCCCAACUCUCAGAUCUGAGAUCCGAUUGCUAACCCGACAAAGAAAAAUAUCCGAAAGAAAAUGGUUUGAAGAUUUAAUGCAAAUCUAACCUGAAUAAUCCGACAGUUCCAAGGAGAGUGUUCUUGGCGACAAAGCAAAAGGGCCUCACUGAAUGAGAUUUUGUUCUUUCGUGAGAGUACAGUGAGAAUCAUGCGAUUGCGAAGGAGAAGAAGCCAUGGCGAUGACGUCGACGAUUAGGGCAAGGAAUUGGAGGGUCGCUGCUUUACUCUGGACUCUCUGUUUCGCUCUCUUUUACUCUCUCUUCCAAAUGGGUCUUCGAAAUUCUUCAUCUUCAUCAUCUUCUUCAGAAGCUUUUGACGCAUAUGUGGAGCGAAGUAUGAGGUUGUAUGAUAAAAUGGAGCAGGACAUAGAGGAGAAAGGACCAGUUUUCCUUAAACUGGGUGAAACAACCCAGUCAUUGUCACUCUCAGAUCUCUUCACAUUGAAAGAUGGAAAGAUAUCACCUGUUCUGAGGGUUGCAAACCCACCUGUCCGGGCUAAUGUAUUGUAUCUUAACACAAAGUACUCUGUGCCAAUCUCGGAUGCUGUAAAGAGUGUGUUCAGUCCGUACUUUGACAAUACAAUCUGGUUUCAGGACUCUAAGCUAUACCACUUCAGCAUGUUUCAUGCAUCACAUCACAUCGCGUCUGUUUCAGCUUCUGAAGACGAGGUUGAAGCUGAAGCAGCUGCUGUCAAAGCAGUUGCUAAUGGGAUGUGUCCUUUGGAGGUUGUCUUGGAUAGAGUUAUUUUAACUUCUACCGGUGUUCUUCUCGGCUGCUGGAAGGUAGCUAAUGCUGUUUCUGGUGAUGACCCGAUAACAAUCCGGUCCAAAUUGAGGUCUGCGCUUCCACGUGCACCGGAGAAGCAGCUCUAUGAUGCAGCCAUUCUCCAUACAUCAUUGGCAAGAUUGCUCGGCCCUCCUAAAUCUCCAAACCCGACAGAAACCUCAGAACAUAUGCAGCUUCUCCGUGAACUGGUCACCAGACUAAACACCCAAAUCCGGGGAUUUAAGGCAGUGGUAUCAGAGCUGUGGAACGUGGAAGAGCACGACGUUCUGGCACUGGCGUUGGGCGGGAGGAUGAAGGUCAGAUCUUUCCCUCUCGGCUGCCAAGAGAGCUAAAGUCUUUCUGCUUCAGCGAUCAUCGCCACCACCCUCAAGAGAAUGGCGUCGUGGCAUAAUAAGACAGACGGAGUUAAGGACAAGACUAAAGUGUAAUGCGCUUUAUCAUGAUUACGAACAAUUGCCACACUUUUUUAUAUAUAUAAAAAAAAUGAUCAACUCACUAGUAAGAAAUACGGUAUUAAUCAGAUUUAAUUUUUUUUAAAACA